CUUUAUUCUCACUUCUCAGCAGAGACUGAAGGAGUUACUGUGUGGAAGAACUGGGUAUUCUCUGCUCCUCUGCGCAGGCUGAGCUGACGCACGGUCUCUCACACCAUGAGCGGAGUUUGCUGCCACCUCGGAUUCCUGCUCCUGGCUGAAGCGGUUCUGUAUACUGCUGCCAUACGGUUUCAAGAUGUGCUGAGCCAAGAAACAACUUCUGUCACGUCCUAUGAGAAGCUACAUGGCUGGUCUAGUGAUCAAAAUGAAUGGAAUGAAAAACUUUAUCCUUUCUGGGAAGAGGGAGAUCCCAGAUGGAAGGACUGCUGGAAAGGAGGAAAGGUGACAGCCAAGAUGGUCACUGAUAGCCCAGCACUGGUAGGAUCCAAUGUGACCUUUGUUGUGACUCUCCAGUUUCCCAAGUGCCAGAAAGAAGAUAACGAUGGCAACAUAAUAUAUGAGAGAAACUGUACCCAGGAUACUCCAGCUUUGCAGGAUCCGUAUGUCUACAACUGGACUAAAUGGAUCAACAACUGUGGCUGGGAAAACUGCUCAACCACCCCCAGCCAUAAUGUAUUCCCAGACGGGAGACCUUUCCCUCAUCAUCCUGACUGGAAGAGGAGAAACUUUGUCUAUCUAUUUCAUACAUUCGGUCAGUACUAUCAAAAAAAGGGACGCUUUUCAACAAUUGUUUCAAUCAACACGGCAAAUAUCACUCUUGGCAAACACGUGAUGGAGGUAUCCAUUUACAGGAGAGGGCACUCAACAUAUGUUCCAAUUGCAAGAGCAAGUAGCACUUAUGUUGUAACAGACAAAAUUCCAUUAUUUGUGAACAUAUCGCAGAAAAAUGACCGCAACAUUUCAGACUCUAUCUUUAUCAAAGACUCACCAAUCACAUUUGAUGUGAAGAUCCAUGAUCCCAGUUACUAUCUUAAUAAUUCUGUCAUCACCUACAAGUGGGACUUUGGAGACGGAAGUGGCUUAUUUGUAUCAAGCAGCUCCAUUACACCCCACACCUACACUCUGCAAGGAAACUUCACUCUGAAUUUAACUGUCCAAGCUAUUAUACCUGUACCUUGCACACCAGUAACACCCACUCCACCACUGCCCACCUCAGCAGACUCUUCUACUGCUGUCAAGACAACGGGAGACAAUCCUGAUGGAGGCUGCCAUAUUUACAGAUAUGGAUAUUACAGGACUGGUAUUUCUAUUGUAGAGGGAAUCCUUGAGGUAAAUAUCAUUCAGAUGACAAACAUCCAGAUGACAGAAAGUCAAGCUGAAAACUCAGUGGUUGACUUUGUUGUUACCUGCCAAGGGAGUCUUCCUACAGAUGUCUGUACAGUAGUUUCUGACCCCACAUGCCAGGUGGCUCAGAGCGUGGUAUGUGACCCCAUUACCAUCACUAACGAAUGCCUACUCACCAUACGGAGAGCUUUUGAUGAACCUGGAACAUACUGUGUAAACAUCACCUUAGGAGAUGACACAAGUCAAGCCCUUGCAAGUGCACUUAUAUCUGUAAAUGGAGGAUCAUCCUCAGGAGCAACAGAAGGUGUCUUUAUCUUCCUUGGUUUGCUGGCAGUGUUUGUCGUCAUUGUGGCUUUUGUCCUCUACAAGAGAUACAAACAGUACAAACCUAUUGAGAGAAGUCCAGGACAAGCAGAGAACCAAGAGGGACUGAGCGCUUACUUCAGCAGUUUCAAAGCCAUUUUCUUCCCUACGAGCAAUGAGAAAGAUCCUCUGCUGAAAAGCAAGCCAGGCAUUGUUUAAAUCUUUAGUCUAAGAUUGACUAUUAUAUUAAGUACAGGACUCAUAUCUGAACUGUACUUUGGAUUUUUUUUCAUGUUAAAAAUAAGAGGGUAAGGUGAAAACACAUAUAGAUUGGUUGAUAACUUUUGGGGGCUUGGUGCAAUUAGAAGUAUGAAAUAGUCCUUAGAAAAGAAUGAGGUAGUUUGAGCACCUGUUGUUCUUGCUUGUUAUCUGGGAUACACUCUACUAAAUAAGUAAGACCUCAGUUCUUAUCUCUUUUCUUACUUCUAGGCGAAUUACUUGUAAAAUUAAUCAGAUCUGUAAUCCAGAGGAAAAAAGAUUAGGGUUUUUGUUGUUUUUUUAACUUGUAAAUAUUAAAUCUUAAAUAUACAGUUCAGUGUAGCUGCUUACUGCCCUGGCAGGAUACAUGCCUUUGCUAGGAAGAAAGGUACGGGGUGGGUAGGCACAGGUUAUGUCUGUGAAGGAAACACUACCAUGAUAUAUUCCCAGGCAUUGGCACCCAACCACGUAUACUAUUACACUGUCAGAAAGGUCCUAGCAGUCUUUCCCCAGGCCAACACACAAAGCAAUUCCCAGCUUCAAUUUGGGAACUACUAGAGGUGCUAUUCCCAAUAGGCAGUUUGGCAGCAGCCGCUCAGCUUUGCAGGGUGAUGGAGUGUAACAGCAUGGAAGCAACUCAUCACCUGCCAAUUUGCCUCAGGGCCAUAAAACAGGGUUGGACACAUUCAGUUUGGACUGUAGACAUCGCUGUGGGAAGUAACAUACAAGUCUCAUUAUAAUCUAGAUCAUGGACACCCAAACAACAGAUUGAUAAGGCCCACCUGCAUGGCUCUCCCCAGCCUAAACUUUUAGUCCGAGUCCCACGUAAAAUUUCUACAUGCAAUUGUCGAUUGUAUCUAGAUGGCUUUGUUUCCUGUUGUUUCCACUGGUCUUGAGACAUUGGAUUGGCACCACCACUCCCCAGAGAGCAAACAUGUUGUUAUCCAAGAACAAGCGUCAGCAGAAUGAGGGUCCUAACAGCAUUAGCAUUUGACUCCCAGAGCAGAGUGUGUUUUUUCCCUUCUCUUUCCAUUUAUCUCAUGCUGUGAAGAGACACUGGUUUCCGCUUGUUUCUCCAUCCACUCUCACUUUGACUACUUAGUCCCAUGGUAAAUGAAACAAUAUGCUCCAGUUUCUGCUUUUGCAUGAUUCAGCUUAGAAACUGUAAAACUCUACAAAAUCAAUGCGCCUUUGCUCGUUCAGUGUAGCUGCAGUUUUGUGUUAACAAAACUCGUGUUGGGGCCUUUCUCAAGUGAUCUGGUCUUCUAGCCAUAGAGUCUCAUAAUUUGGUACUGUUGGGUUUUAGAGUGGAAGACUAGAAGCAAAUUGCUGAAGGCUGGAUCAUUGGAUGAUAUGAAUAGGAGAGCUCUUAUUUGUGGAAGGGAAGAGGUUCUUAUAAAGGUUCACUGAGACAAGAAAAACAGACCAAAAUGCUUUAAAUGGUCCAUUUUCCAUAGGAGUCUUUCUGUUAACAUUGAAGUUUAUACUCCAGAUGAAAUUAACUUUUAGCUGGAAGCUGGGGGGGGACUUCACAUAACCCAUUUCUAAACACCGAAUCCAUUGAAGAGCUGCAUUUCAAUAUAUUUAGCUUAUUUACUGUAACUUGAAACAUCUCUGAUACAUAUGGCUCUCAGUUCAUGAGCAGAUAUUUAAGCAUAAACGCAUUUUAUUGAUGUCUUAGUAGACCUGUCAAAUGCUCUCCAUUUGCAAUCUGAAUGGAGUCUUUGCUACCAUUUCCCUAGUGUGCAUGGAGACCUUUAAAUAGUCUGAGAAUAUAAAAAGUUCACAUUGUGACAUACCUGUGAGAGUGGUUCUCUAGUUAUAAAAUUCAGUAGCUUCCUUUCUUCUUUUGUUUCUAGGUUCUCCGAUUAUUUUAAGUCUUUUGUGGCCAUUUCAGAUAUAUAUUUUUAAAAGCACCACACUGACCAUUAUUCUGCCGUCUAUAUACAUAACCAUUCAUCCUAUUAUCUAACCAUGACUGGGCAUCUAAAACUAUUCUCUGACUUAAACAUAAAAAGCAUUUUCCUGCAGAAAGUAUCGGAAUUUUAUGGCCUCUUGUUAUCAGUCAGACCGAAGAUAGGAGGGAGUGUAGUUUGUACGUGUUGCUCCAGCUUGAUGCUUGACAGGGACUUAGUCAAAAGCUCAGGAUUACCUGUAACGCAGUGUGAAAAAAGUAGGUCUACCGCAGCUGUAAUGCUUAGCAUCAGUCAUGAUGCAGGCUAUAUAUUAAACAGAAGCAAGGCGACAUCUUAUGCUAUUGUUAGAAACUAGCUUUCAUCCAUACUUUAAGGUUUUCUUUGUCCUUCAACCGAAGUAUACAGAAUAGCUUGCGUUAUCUUCCUUUAAAUAUCAUGUUAGAAUAUUACAUUUUUACAAUUUGAUUUUGCCUUUUCAGGUGUAACUUCCAAUUCAUACACCUUUGGCUUUAUACAAUGGUACCUGACUGCUAU